AUGUCAGCUGAUUGGACUGAAGCUGAACAAUCCUCGAAGUCACAGUCCCCCAAGGACCAGGGGAAGGACUCUGAGGAGGAAGGUAGUCGGCGCAGUAAAAGGAGCCUCAGCAACAGCUCAGCGGUGGCUGCCGCCUACAUCUCCUACCUCAAUAAACUUUUUGGACAGGAGAGAGAGCUGAUGCCAGAGGAGUUAGAUGAGCUGCAAGUGGCCUUUAAGGAAUUUGACUAUGAUGCGGAUGGCUUCAUCCAUUACAAAGACAUUGCAGACUGCAUGAGGACCAUGGGCUACAUGCCUACAGAGAUGGAGCUCAUCGAGAUCAUUCAGCAAAUCAAGAUGAAAUGGGGUGGUCAUGUAGACUUUGAUGACUUCUGUGAGCUAAUGGGGCCGAGGAUGCUCGCCGAGACGGCUCAUAUGGUCGGACUGAAGGAGCUCCGCUGUGCCUUUAAACAGUUUGACUGUGAUGGUGAUGGAAAGAUCACAUUUGAUGAGCUGAAGGAGGGCAUGAAGACCCUCCUCGGGGAGAAGCUGAAGAAAGGCGAGCUGGAGGAGAUCCUCGGCGACAUUGACCUCAACAAAGAUGGCAACAUUGACUUUGAUGAGUUCAUGAUGAUGCUUUCUGCACGGUGACCUCUGAUGGAAGAAGACGAAGCACACAGCACUGCGUUCCUGAGCUACAUACCGUUAACUCAAUCAUUUCUGUACAUUUUUACCUAUUUGAUUGUAAAAGCAUUAUUAAGUUUAAAAAGAUUCCUAUAUUUUCAUAAUAAAAGUUGAGAUUGAAUAAGUGCUGUGAGUGAAGGGUGAGUUAUGAAACGCUUGAUUUGUUACAAUAAUGCUGCACUGUCCCCCCCUUGUGGCUCAAAAAUGCACAGAAUCAUCAGAACUAACUUGAUAUAUUUUUUCAACCUACUGAUUACUUAACUUGUAUCUCUUAUGUAACUGAUGCCGGAGUUUGUCCUGCAGAUUUGUUUUCUCAUUUAACAUCUUGCUCUGAGUGAUGGAAUUGUGCUUGAGAG